GGGGGCGGCGGCCUGGGCGGCGGCCUGGGCGGGGGGGGUAGAGGCAGUAGAAAAGGGUCUGGCCCCGCAGCCUUCCGCCUCACCGAGAAGUUCGUGUUGCUGCUGGUGUUCAGCGCCUUCAUCACGCUCUGCUUCGGGGCAAUCUUCUUCCUGCCUGACUCCUCCAAGCUGCUCAGCGGGGUCCUGUUCCACUCCAACCCCGCCUUGCAGCCGGCGGCAGAGCACAAGCCCGGGCCCGGGGCGCGUGCCGAAGAUGCCGCCGAGGGGCGAGUCCGGCACCGCGAGGAAGGCGUGCCCGGGGACCCCGGGGCUGUAGUGGAGGACAACUUAGCCAGGAUCCGGCGGGCUCUCAGGGAAGCCAAGGAGACCCUGCAGAAGCUGCCCGAAGAAAUUCAAAGAGACAUUCUGCUGGAGAAGGAAAAGGUGGCCCAGGACCAUAUGCGUGACAAGGAGCUGUUUGGGGGCCUGCCCAAGGUGGACUUCCUACCUCCCAUCGGGGUAGAGAACCGAGAGCCAGCUGAUGCCACCAUCCGCGAGAAGAGAGCAAAGAUCAAAGAGAUGAUGAACCAUGCUUGGAAUAAUUAUAAACGCUAUGCCUGGGGCUUAAAUGAACUGAAGCCUAUAUCAAAAGAAGGCCAUUCAAGCAGUUUAUUUGGCAACAUCAAAGGAGCAACAAUCGUAGAUGCCCUGGAUACACUUUUCAUUAUGGGAAUGAAGACUGAAUUUCAGGAAGCUAAAUCAUGGAUUAAAAAAUAUUUAGAUUUUAAUGUGAAUGCUGAAGUUUCUGUUUUUGAAGUAAAUAUACGCUUCGUCGGUGGACUGCUGUCAGCCUACUACUUGUCUGGGGAAGAGAUAUUUCGAAAGAAAGCAGUGGAACUUGGGGUAAAAUUGCUACCUGCAUUUCAUACUCCCUCUGGAAUACCUUGGGCAUUGCUGAAUAUGAAAAGUGGUAUUGGACGGAACUGGCCCUGGGCCUCUGGAGGCAGCAGUAUUCUGGCAGAAUUUGGAACUUUGCAUUUGGAGUUCAUGCACUUGAGCCACUUAUCUGGAAACCCCAUCUUCGCUGAAAAAGUAAUGAAUAUUCGAACAGUGCUGAACAAACUGGAAAAACCAGAAGGCCUUUAUCCUAACUAUCUGAACCCCAGCAGUGGGCAGUGGGGUCAACAUCAUGUGUCAGUUGGAGGACUUGGAGACAGCUUUUAUGAAUAUCUGCUCAAGGCAUGGUUAAUGUCUGACAAGACCGAUGUAGAAGCCAAGAAGAUGUAUUUUGAUGCUGUUCAGGCCAUUGAGACUCACCUGAUCCGCAAGUCCAGCGGGGGACUAACAUACAUCGCAGAGUGGAAAGGAGGCCUCCUGGAACACAAAAUGGGCCACCUGACCUGCUUUGCAGGGGGUAUGUUUGCCCUUGGGGCAGAUGGAGCUCCCGAAGCCCUGGCCCAACACUACCUUGAACUUGGAGCUGAAAUCGCACGCACCUGUCAUGAAUCUUACAAUCGCACCUUCAUGAAGCUGGGACCAGAAGCUUUCCGAUUUGAUGGCGGUGUGGAAGCCAUUGCCACGAGGCAAAAUGAAAAGUACUACAUCUUACGGCCUGAAGUCAUCGAGACUUACAUGUACAUGUGGCGACUGACUCAUGACCCCAAGUACAGAACCUGGGCCUGGGAAGCCGUAGAGGCCCUAGAAAACCACUGCCGAGUGAACGGAGGCUACUCGGGCCUACGGGAUGUUUACUUUGCUAGUGAGAGUUAUGACGAUGUCCAGCAAAGUUUCUUCCUGGCAGAGACACUAAAGUAUUUGUACUUGAUAUUUUCUGAUGAUGACCUUCUUCCACUAGAACACUGGGUCUUCAAUACUGAGGCACACCCUUUCCCCAUACUCCGAGACGAGAAAAAGGAAAUUGAAGUCAAAGAGAAAUGAAAGACACUUUCUACUUUACUCUGCUUCGUCCCUCACUGCAUACCUUAAUUCCUUUCCUCAUCAUCAGACACAUGAUGAACUUUUGUUGAUAGAUAAAAGCCUAUGAAUAUCCUAAGUUCUAAAGUUGUUUUGCAGUCUUUUACGUUUAUUACCGUAAGCCUAAGUGAACCUCAAUUCCUUAUUACUUAUUAUCCAGCUAGUGGAUCCACUGAUUUUGUUUGCUGUCUUUUUUUUUUUUUUUUUAAGGAAUCUAUUGUUUCUGGAGUUCAUGAAGUUGUGACAUCAUUUUCAUGAAACAGAAUAGAAUAGUCUACCAGUGACCUCUGAAUUAUGAUUUGACUGCAAAACUUUUUCCUCCUCUAUGAGGAGAUGGCGUCUGCUUUAAGCUGUAAUAUUUUGCCAUGUUGCAAAAAGCCAUAAUAAUGAAUUAAGUAUUAAAAAGAAAAAGCUUUUUUUUUUCCUUUUCAAGUUCAUGUUAAUCUGGUUUGUCUAUCCACCAGAGAAAGAUCUCAUAACUGUGACAGCCUCUUAGCAGGUCUAUCGUUAUUUGAUAGAAUGUCUUCUAAAGUACUCCACUCACAUUGCAAUUCUGAUGAGAACGUCAUCCCAGAAGAGUCAGCCCCCUUGACCUCAUUUCAUUGCAGUGUGUUUUCGUUUUUUGAUUGUUCGUGUUUCCGCACUUUUGAAUUUCUUCACUACUUCUACUUUAAAUGCCCUGUGUCAUCUCUGUAUCACAUACUGCUUAAUUUCUUCCAUUCCCCACUGCCCAGCAAGGUGAGCACUUGAGUUCUGCAGAGCGCCCCUGUUACUCAAUUACAUUUUUGAAAGGGAAACGAUGUAACUUUUAACCUGCCAGGUCUUGCUUUUUAACUGAAUCCAUCCUGGAAUGUGGUCUCUAAAAAGAGACAGAAUUUCACAUGACUAUUCCAUGUGUUUGCAUUUCACCUUUGGUUUUUCUUCAAGGAAAGGAAACAUUGCACUUGGUUCAGAUUUGAAAAGGGCUCUUCCCAGAUGUGGUUAAUUAUUUCACUUCAGUUUGUGAAAGGGAGUUUUUACCCAGGGAAAGAAACUUUGCCAAUUUCUCUAUUCCUUCAACUAAGAAAAAUCUAAUUAGAUCUUAAGAACACAGUGUACUUAGUCUGGUUACAUUCAGCAUGGAGAACCUAAAUUAGAAACAAUUUAUAGGAAUGGACCCAUUCCCUCAAAAAUUGAUCUGUAGCAGAUCAAAAUGAUUAUAUGAUUCUUCAAAACCUUAUUUGAAAUAUGAAUGAUUUUCCCAAGAACAGAUUUGGUGAUAGCUUACAUUACCACACCUGCUAUUUAUAGGAAAGAUAGAAUGUGACUGAUUAUGUAUGUACCAAGGGACAAAGACUCUAACCACCUCGAUUGCAACCGACUAUGGUCAACAAGUAGUACAACCCAAAGGAUUAGGCUGAAGUAUAGAUUUCUGUGCAUUUAUAUUCCUUCAGCUUUAUCAUUUUAUCCGUUUCAUAUCAUUUGACCUAUUUAUUUGAGAGAGUUAUUUUGUUAAAUCUCAGUAGUCAGUAGUUUUACCCAUUUCAGCUUUGGGGAGGGUUUCAAAAGAUGUCAUUUAGGAUUACCACCUUGUGUGGCCUGGCUGUUUCCAGUAUUGUACAUUAGAAUACAUCAAAAUUCAUAAAUUAGUAAAAAUUAGUAAAUGGAAGAAAAUCCUUUUGUACAUCCUAUGGCUGUGUUAACCUCUGAGACCCAGAGUAACUUCCUCCUAUAACCUAAUUAAUCUGUGGAGUUCAUGAAUUGUGACAUCAUUUUCAUGAAUCUAAGUAGAACAGCCUGCUUUGACUCCUUAAUUACAAUUUGAUUUGACUGUAAAACUUUUCUCUCCUCUAAGAGGAAUGAGUGAGGAGCAAAUCUUUCUUUCCCCAGAGCUCUGAUGUAAAAUAUUGAAAUUUGUUGCCAAAAUGUGUCCCUAUAGAUUUUAAUUAUAACUUUCACUGUCCUUGGAUUAGCCAUUAAUUCAUUUUCUUUGAAUUUUACUUUGAAGAUGCACACAAAACUGGUAAGUAUUUCUGCAAUAGGUGGGAUUUUAAAGCCAGGUCCUUUGUGCCGACUCCUCUGUAAUGGAGUGUCCACUACAGUGUACGAUUUGAGUCCCAGCAGAAGCAGGCAAGAAGCUGAAACAUAAUGCUGCUCUCCAAUGGCAAGGAUCAUCUUUCAGUUUUAAAACUUGAAUUUUUUUAAUGCUAGAUUCCAGAACACCAAAAAUGUAAACAAGAGAUUAAUAUUAUAGUAAUGUAAUUGAAUUAAGCUUAUAUUUUGUGUUAAUUUUAAACCACUGAAGUCUCCAAAUAGACACCAACUCAUUCAUUUUCCACAAAACUUCCAUUUAAUUUACAUGUGUAAUCCGCAUCCUUAAAGAUGAACAAGAGUUAAAAUAGCACCUACUUUUGUGUUUAUGAAAUAUGUUUGAUAUAGUUUGUGCAGUUAAUAUUAUAAACACAAAUUGUAUGCCAAUUUAUAGACCUCUCUAUCAGGAUUUUUCAUGUGUAUUAUCCAUUUUUACAUUGAUUGUUUUUGAUUUGUUCAUAAGUGCAUUCUGCCAUUUCCAACUUUAUAUAAACCUCUGAUGUUAUGGGAAACAAUAGAUUGACACAUAAUUUUUAAAAAUUAUAUUUGUAAAAUUUCUCUAUUGUGAAUAAAGUCUUUUAAUAUA